AUGAUGUUAAGACUAGUAACUAAAGGGUUGCCGAAAGUGACACCUUCUGCAGCUAAGGCUGUGCUAGUGCGUGGUUCCUUGCUGCACUCAUUCUCUACCAGCGCUAGAUUCAAUAAUAGUGUCGCUGAAGAUGAGGCCAAGAUCGUUUUGAAAGACAAGAACAGGCCAUUGAGAAUUGACAGAGAAUUGCCUGACCCAACCACGGAGAGGAGAAAGCGAAUAGCUGGAUUUUUGUUGUUUUCUGUGGCCAUUGGGUCCGCACUAUCUUUGAUCUUCAACUAUGAAAAGACGGAGUCCCCCAUUAUCUCCAACACGCUGUAUUAUAUAAGACGGUCUCCAGCAACUAAAAACAUACUGGGUGAGAGCAUAGAAUUUGAUGGUAUCAUCCCUUGGGUCUACGGUGAACUGAACUCUGUGAAGGGUAGGAUUAACAUUACGUUUUAUAUCAAGGGGGACAAAAACGUUACUGGAACCGUUAGACUGGUUGCCGAUAGGAACACUCACGACGAAGAGUUUUUGAUUCAUGAAUGGAGCGUCACUGCCGCUGGCCAAAAGAUCGAUUUGCUAGCUGAAAAUACCAAGACACCAAUUUAA